AUAAUAAAGAUCUUUAUUAUCUAUGUUUAUUACCAAUUAUCAAAAUACUGUUUUAAAAUUGAAAUUGAAAUACAAAUGACUAUUGUUUUAUUUGAAAUGCUUGAUUUUGUUACACCUAAUAUUUAAUUUCUUAUUUUAUUUUCACUCAAUAGGUACAUUAUUAUGUAUCACUUAUGCAUUUCAUAUUUUAUAAGACUGAAUUGUCCGAAAAGUAUGUGACAUACAACAAUUUUCAAUAUAAUUCAAUACAUUCAGUCUACAUUUAUAAGUAACAUACUCCAUAUUUGUGUACGUUGAAAUUCGUUACUAUGGCGAUCAGUGAUUUUACAAUAGCUGUGGUUUGUUCAAGCAAUAUGAAUCGAAGUAUGGAAGCACAUGCUUUUUUAAGUAAAAAAGGUUUCAACGUUCGAUCAUUUGGAACUGGUGACAAGGUGAAGUUACCUGGAACAGCGCCGGACAAACCAAAUAUAUAUGAUUUUGGAUGUUCUUAUGAUGAUAUUUAUAGAGAUCUGCAGAAUAAAGACAAAACAUAUUAUACGCAAAAUGGUUUGUUAAAUAUGCUGGAUAGAAAUCGACGGAUAAAGCAGCAUCCAGAAAAAUUUCAACAAUGCAAUGAAAAAUUUACUGUAGUCAUUACGUGUGAAGAGCGAGUAUAUGAUCAAGUACUUGAGUAUUUUGAAACUAUUCAAAGUUUUGGCAAUAAGCCAGUUCAUGUUAUCAACAUAAACAUUCAAGACAAUCAUGAAGAAGCAACAAUCGGGGCAUUUUUAAUUUGCGAAUUUGUUACUUUGUUGUCCAGAAGUGAAGAUCUUGACAAUGAUAUUGAUCAAUUAGUUGUUAAAUAUGAAGAAAAAUGUCAAAGGCCACUACUCAACUGUGUACUUUUCUAUUAAAUAUUAGGUGAUUAAAUAAAAUUUAAAUUGUGAAUAUUAUUUAUAAUUUUUUUUCUAACUAAUGGCAAUAAUAAGAAAUAUUUGAACCGAUAGUAAUAUAGUAUAUUAUGCUAUAUUGUACAAAUACAAUUUAUAUCAUAAAUUUGA